AUGCAGAACUUUUACGAAAAGGAGUGGAAGUCGGUUACGUGGCUCUUCCUUUUUAUCUAUUUUUUUAGGACGAAAGCCCCGUGGUAUUUAUCGGAUUACACUGAUUUCUUUGGAGGACGAUUAUCGCAAUCUCUUGCCGCAACAAUCUUCCUCUUCUUCGCCAACAUCACUUCUAUCAUCACCUUUGGUGCAGUGAUGGAACGAAUUUUGCAUCAUCAAAUGGCAUCGAUGGAGGCGAUUGUGAGCGGAGGAGUAUCGGGUGUGAUUUUCGCUGCUUUUUCUGGUCAACCGCUCAACAUCCUUUCAGCGACGGGUCCGACACUAGUGUUUGAAAAGAUUCUUUUUGAAUUUUGCAUGUUUACCGAGGAAGCCUUCGCCACUCUGAUAUCCAUCGUAUUCAUCAUUCAAGCAUUCCAGAAACUAAUCGAGAUCUCACAUGAUGCACCGAUCGUGGCCGAUCCGAGGGAAGUCUACGAGUCGCCAUGCUUUUGUCACCUGAACCAGACAGACCCCAAGCUCAACAUCUCAGUCAUCAUGCGACUGAAGGAUGUGGCCGCUGAAGACUGUGAGGCUCGAGGUGGUGAAGCCGUCGGAUUGCAGUGUCACUUCAAACCGGAUGUUUACAUGCUCUCAGUACUGCUCACAUUUGGAACAUUUGCCUUAGCUUAUGGCCUUAAUAACUUUCGACAUUCGAGGUUUUUUGGAUCUAUAGUUCGAAACACUUUAAGCGACUUUGGCGUUGUCAUCGCUAUUGUUGUCAUGACUGCAUUCUCGCUAGCAAUAGGCUUAGAUGUUCCGAGUCUCAAUGUUCCUCAGGAAUUCAGGCCGACACUGGAUCGCCCAUGGAUUGUCGAUAUUUCACGUGUUCCUCUUAUAGUUGCUCUUAUUGCGUGCCUUCCAGCUGCUUUCUAUACAAUUUUGAUAGUGAUGGAUCAACAGAUUACUGCAGUUAUUAUUAAUCGAAAGGACAACAUGUUGCGAAAAGGAGAAGGUUAUCAUCUGGAUCUGCUGUGCAUUGCUGUGUUGGUGUUGAUCUGUUCGUUCUUGGGUCUACCGUUCUACGUGGCCGCUACGGUUCUUUCUGUUAUGCAUGUGAAUUCCACUUCGCCUCUAUUGUCGAAUCUCUGCCCAGGAUCAAUUCCACAAUCUUCCUUGAGUAAAGUGAGUUGUCUUUGA